AGUUGGGAGGAGGAAAACUGGGAAAGGAUGAACAUGCAAACAAACAAGGUGGCACAAGAAAGGAAAACAAAACACGGAAGGAGGAUAAGCAUAUAAAUAUAUAUGAAUAUCAGAGAAAAUAAAAACGCAAGAAUCUUCCUUUCCCCUUUCUAAAUGUUUGGGGAUACUUCUUGGCCGCUUUCUUUGAAGAGGAGGAGACUCACGAGCAUUGAUCCCAUGGAGGCUGAAUUAUCUAAGGCCAAGCUCGCUGCUAUGAAGGAAAUUUUUGGACGAGAAAUUCGUGUUUUUGAAACUAUAGCCCCUUCUCAGGUGUCAAAUGGAGCAUCAACUACUGAUGAGCCAGAUGAUUUCUAUGAGUUCACUGCAGAAGACUACCAUCGGCUCUUGGCAACUAAAAAGGAAGAUAAAUAUUUGAAGACAAGAAAAAUCAGAGAAGCAGAAGAGGCAGCUCGCAGGUCAAGAAUGACUAAGGCUGUUAUUAGGGUUCGCUUUCCUGAUAAUCACACAUUAGAGGUCACAUUUCAUCCAUCAGAGACCAUUAACAGCUUGGUUGACCUUCUCAAGAAAGUGCUGGCUCAACCAGAUUUACCUUUUUACAUAUAUACUACUCCUCCCAAGAAGCAAAUAAAAGAUAUGUCACAGGAUUUUUACUCUGCUGGAUUUGUUCCUGGUGCAAUUGUAUAUUUUUCCUAUGAUCUGCCAAAAGGUAAUGCUGGAGCAGCAGCAGCUGCCAAUUCAGGGCCGUUCCUUAAAGAAGAGGUCAUGUCCUUCAAAGGCUUUGAAGUCAUCACUGAGCAAGCAGAGCGUGUUGAAUCUGCACCAGAAACCACAGCUGGUAGUUCAGGUCCCUCCUCCAUUACUCAAGAGUCCAAGCCUGCUGAGAAAAAACCAGCCAAGCCAAAGUGGUUUAAAAUGUGAUUUGACUCAACACCCAAAGUAAGGCUCUCAUUUGAUUUUAGACCCUUUGCUCCAUUUUGACCUCUUAUCAUCAUCCUGAUUCUGAGUUCUAGCAUCUCUUUCAGGCCAUAUUCAACAUGUGAAUUCAACUGUCAUUUAUCUCAUCAAAAACUUGUACUUGUUGGAAGGACGAAGUUGAAUGAAAUUAUUAGGGUUUUAUAGAUGACUCCUUUAGUUUGAAAAGUGCUUGUUAAUGAUGUUUUACUAUUUACUACUCACCAAAGUAAGAUUGUGAAUAUUAGUAAUGCAUUUCAAUCCCCCAAUCUUUUAGCUAGACUAGAUUUAUGA